AUGGGAAAAUCGAUCUGGCUCGUUGCCGCUGUUCUCCCCGCGGUCCUUGCGGCGGAUAUCUACGUUUCGCCUGAUGGCUCGGACGAUGCCGCGGGGACAAUCGAUGCGCCUUUCCAGUCUAUCCAGCUAGCCGUCGAUGAGGCCACGGCCGGAUCAACGAUCUAUCUGCGUGGCGGGACGUACACCCCGACGACAAACAUCCAGAUUACCAAAAGCGGCACGGCUUCCGCGCCGUACGUGCUCCGUGCUUAUGGUGGAGAGUCGGUGAUUAUCGACGGCGAAGAACUGCCGGGAACACCGGCAGACCUAGAUGCGUCCCUUGGCAAUUCAGACCGCGGGAUCCUGCAUAUACAAGAUGCGGAUUACUGGGAGUUCUAUGACCUCGAGCUGAUCAACGGGCCGUAUGGUGUCUAUGCGCGAGACGCAUCAAACAACCAUUACGAGCGGUUGACCACACGAGACAACUACGAGACUGGCUUCCAGCUGCAAGGCGCAUCGUCGAACAACCUCGUCCUGUACCUCGACUCCUACGGAAACCGUGAUCCCCGCAAGAACGGCGAAAGCGCCGAUGGGUUUGCCUGCAAAGAGGGUUCCGGCGAGGGCAACAUCCUCCGCGGUGCCCGGCUCUGGAACAACGUCGACGACGGGCUGGAUCUCUGGGAGUUCAAGUCCGCCGUGACGAUCGAAGACACAAUCGCAUGGGGCAACGGCUUCAACCGAUGGGGCUUCACCCCCUUCGAAGGCGACGGCAACGGCUUCAAGCUGGGCGGCGGCGACGACGCAGACAUCGGCCCGGCAAACCACAUCAUCACGAACAGCAUCGCCUUCGACAACGCCAAAGACGGGUUCACCGAUAACUCGCAGCCGGGCAACUUCGUGCUCACCCGCAACACAGCGUGGGAUAACGCCAAGGUAGGCUUUAAAUUCGGGACCGCGGUCGCGACGCUCGAGGGGAACGUUGCGGCGUCGAAUGGGGAGAGUCCGACCUCGCUUAGUGAUGAGCAGAUCUCGGAGGGCAACUCGUGGGAUGGAGGGGAGGAUUGGGAUGAUGGCAGUUUUGUGAGUGUUGAUGUUGGUCUUGUCCAGGGAGAGAGGAAUGAUGAUGGCACGAUUGAGGCCAGCGAUUUCCUUUUGCCGGUUGGUGGGGAGGAGAUUGGGGCUACGACGGAUUGGUCUGCGUGA